AUGUUGGACAGAGACUUCAUGCUGCUCUAUGAAUAUGGAAUCCAGCAUCUGUCUGUGAUCCAGAUGGCGUUGAAGGCACCAAACGUUCAAAGGAGCUCACUUAGUAAUGACGACUAUCUUUGGAAAUCCCCAGUCCCAUAUGUUUUGGGAAAUGACCUUGACUUCAAUGCUAAAGGAGUGAUCCUGAGGGCCCUCGACGAGUACAGGCUCAAGUCAUGCAUUGACUUCAGACCAAGGAAUGAAGAAUACUAUUACAUCUCCGUCAGAAAGUUAAACGGAUGCUGGUCAUAUGUUGGAAGGACAUUUAGUGGACAGGAGAUCUCCAUUGGCAGAAAUUGUGAUUCAACCAGCAUUGUUCAACAUGAGUUUUUCCACGCUCUUGGCUACUUCCACGAACAAAGCCGCUAUGACAGAGAUGAUCAUGUAAAGAUUCUAUUUAAGAACAUCCGAAAAGGUUAUGAGCACAACUUUGAGAAAGCUAAUAAGACAUACAGCACCGUUUCGGGACUCCCAUAUGACUACAACUCAGUGAUGCACUAUGGCUCUGGAGCAUUCUCCAAUGGAGGCGGGUCUACAAUUGUCACCGAAGAUCCAAAGUUCCAGAAUGUGAUUGGUCAAAGACUGCAAAUGAGUCCAAUCGAUGUUAAGGAGUUGAACCGCCGCUACAAAUGCAAGAACACCACUGCAUUCCACAUUUUCUGCAGCUUCUCUAAUGAGAGCAUGUGUGGAAUGAACAGCUGCUCAAACAGUAGCAAUGACACUGGCUGGGAAAUGGUAAAACAAGCACAGGGUGGACCUGAAACUGACCACACCACUCUACCCACUGCCAGCAGUAAGAAUGGUACAGAAGGUUAUUUCAUGCAUGCUAGCACAGCAAGCGGUGAGGAAGGUAAAACCUCACAGCUGGAGACCAAGAUGAUGGAGCCAACCAGGGAGUGUCAUGUCCAGUGUCUCCAGUUCUAUUAUUACCACAGUGGGAGCGAGUCAGACAUACUGAACAUCUGGAUCAGAGAGUUUGACGAUCAAUACGACCUUGAGGGAACCCGCCGCCUCAUGGGACAGAUCACUGGUCCUCAAACAUCUCACUGGCGCAUCCAUCAUGUUUCCCUGAAUGCCACCAAGCACUUCCAGGUGGAGUUUGAGGCACUUACAGGAGCAGGGAACUCUUCAGGCGGUUUCUCAAUUGAUGACAUCAAUUUGUCCGAGAUCGAGUGUCCACAUGGGUCCUUGCAGAUAGAUAAUUAUAUGGAGAACAACAACAAAACAUCUUUGAUCUACAGCCCACGGCAGUACACCAUAGACGGCUAUGCCUACCGUAUAGCAGUACAGUUUAAGGGAUCUUACUUUUCACUGAUUAUGCAAAUGUUGUCAGGCGAAAAUGAUGAGAAGCUGCAGUGGCCUUGCUUACAAAGGCAAAUGACUCUACGAAUGCUGGAUCAGACACCAAACUUACAGCUGCACAUGUCACUUGACAGAAGUUUCACCACAAGCCCAAAUCAUGUCAACAACUUAGGUAAACUGAAGAAAACAUGA